AUGCCCUCUAGAUGCUUGACCAAGGAUUGCGUGAGUGAGGAUGAGAAUGCUGGAAAAGUGUGUCUAAAGAGAAAGCAAGUCAAUCAAGGACCAUCUGCAAGCUAG